AUGUCUAUCGCGUUUUAUACAAAACAACAAUCAGAAUUUAGUUUUAAAAAGGCUGAUGGUACGGUAAUUAAUGAAAUUCCAUCCAGAUUGAGUGGCUCAGAUAAAUUGGUUGUUACUCCAAAAGGUUCAACAAAAAGCAUUACAAUAAUAACUGCACCAAUUUUUGAUAAUUGUGAUCAUAUUGAUUAUAGCAUUAAUGGAAUAUUCCAUAAAAGUUACUAUAAUACCGGUAUUGAUCGUUCUAAUCUGAAUUGUGUUGUUAUGUUUACUCCCCAGCAUACGUCAAAAUUUCACAUAGAUAUGGCGAUAUUUUCUGAAUAUAUCAUGACAAACGAUGCACCGUAUUUACAUGAAUUACAAUAUGAUAAUCCAUUUGUUCAAGCAGAAACAUUAACAUUUGGGUUUAAAGAAAAUCUUUAUAAUAUAGGUAAUUGGUAUCCACAGAUAUCUAUCGUUGAUACAUUUUUGAGAGUAUUUGGUGAUUUUGAAGUCACAUUUUCUGGUUCAACAAAAAUAAUUGUUCCAAUUGGUGGUAUUUUUAUUGCCAAGAAUAUUGAUGGAUUCACAUUCCCUGAUGAUGCAAAAGAUGGGAUUUAUGAUGCAGGCAGGAGAGAAACCGAAUUGACUAUAUCAACUUCAGGAGAAAAAACUCUCUAUUAUUGUCUUUGCUAUUUUCCCCCAUUUGAUUUAUAUUCUUCAAUCAAUGCAGAAAUUAUUCAUCCAAAUUCUCCAAUUCAAUAUUCAAUGAGACUAAGUGAAGGUUUUGGGUCGUCAGACAGAUAUAUAGUUAUAUUUACAACAAAAGAUAUCAUCAAUUAUAGAUUUCAUAUAAAAUCAAAAUUUAGUGAAGAUAAAACAUAUCUCAAAAAUAUACUUACAUUUGAGGAAUAUAAGCUUGAUGAAAAUACAAAAUCAUUUGUUGGCAAGACAUUUAUGUUAGAUUGUAAACCUGAAUCAAGGAAUUUCCCAUUAAAUUUAACAAUUGGACCAAGUGAUAUUUUGUUGCCAAGUGUGGGCGACGAAAAAAUGAGAGAAAAAGGAUCUUAUGAUAUAUAUGGGGAUGAAAUUGGUGGAGAUAAUCUUAAUGUAAAAACACUUGAUAAGUAUACUUUCAAAGGAAAGGAUAUAAUAAAAUUGAAUGAUGGAACCUACCAGAUAUUAAUUCCGGUAGAAGGAAAAGAAUUAGAUAUACAAAAUAACACAUAUGUUGUAUUUCACAAUGCAAAGUCAUUUACUGGAACACUUGAUGGUGUUGAUAUCUUAGGAACUACAGGUCACUAUGUAUUUAACUUGACAGAUAAAUCAAGUCCAUUUAAUAUCAAACCUAUAGGUGGUAAACCAGUAGUUGCAAAUAUUUCUGUUUUGUAUAGAGGAACUUAUCGAUCUGGGUCUUAUUUAAUUGAUAACGGUCCUCAGAAUGACAUAAUUGUAGUUUCUCCCAAUCAUCCUGUUUAUUUUCAAAUUUCUGAGAAAUCAAAUGUCAAAGCAGAAAAUGCUAAUGUAACUCAAAAUCCAGACAAGCAAUAUGCUUUUAUUUCUUUUGCCUCUUCUCCACAAGUGUGUACUGCUCCAUAUUUAGCAUAUAAUGCAUAUCCGGAUUAUGACCUUAAAAACACAAUGCUUGCAACAUUUACUAUCGGUAAAAGUUCUAGGAUAGAAUUUUCUGUAAUAAGUCAUUCGGAACCAGAAACUGAAGAGAUAUACGGUUUGUUCAUUGGAGCUGCUUCUUAUGUAGAUCAAUCAGAAGCUGUUUUUAAGAAGAAAAAUGCAUAUAAAGUUUACCAACAUGGAACGAAAUACAAACCAAAAGGUAAGGGACUUGGAUCAGGUGCAAUAGCCGCAAUUGUUAUUGUUAUCAUAAUUGUUAUAAUAAUAGCUGCAGGAGUUUAUGUAUUUUACGUAGCAAUCAACACCUCGAAACCUGAAAAAUCAUCUUCAUCAGAAGAAAACAAAAAUGUGACGAAUAACGAGAAUGUGACGAAUAACGAGAACGCUAACAUUUGA